AGAGACGGUGCAGGACGCUGGGAGGCGGAGGCUGAGCUGGAGAGAUAUUCCAGGACCUUUACAGGGAGAUGGUCAGAACGUGGUGACCAUCCUCCAGCUAGUUCAGAACCUCAUGCACGAUGACGAGGACAAACAGGCUCCCCGCAGGAUGCAGUACGUCGGAGAGCAGGGACACAUGGCUUUACUGGGACACAGCCUGGCCGCCUACAUCUCCGUCCUGGACAAAGACAGGCUGAGAAAACUGACCACUCGCAUCCUCUCAGAUACAACCCUCUGGCUCUGCAGACUCUUCAGGUAUGAAAACGGUUCGGGCUAUUAUCAUGAGGAUGACCGCGAGGGGCUGGUGAAGGUGUGCAGGCUGGUCAUUAACGCUCGUUAUGAGGACUACGCCACAGAGGGCUUCACCGUGCUCAGCUCCAAACAGCCCGUGAUCUACCAGAGUGCUGCCUGCAGACCCGGCCUGGGACAGCACCUGUGCAGCCAGCUCGGUCUGCCCCUGUCCAGCCUUUGCGCUGUGCCCUGCAACACCAUGUUUGGAUCUCAGCACCAAAUGGACAUCGCCUUGUUGGACAAGCUGAUCAGAGACGACGUGGAGACCGGGAAGCUUCCUUUGCUGUUGAUAGCAAACGCUGGAACGCCGGGUGCAGGUCAUACGGAUAAACUGAGCCGUCUGAAGGAGCUGUGUGUGCAGUACAACGUGUGGCUCCAUGUUGAAGGCGUCAACCUGGCGACGCUGGUGCUUGGAAACAUCUCCUCCGCAGUCACAGCAGCCACUAAGUGCGACAGUAUGACUCUGACCCCCGGCCCAUGGCUCGGGCUGCCCGCUGUACCGGCCGUCACACUCUACAGACAUGAGGACCCUGCGCUGUCUCUUGCAGCAGGUCUAACGUCCAGUCAGCCGGUGGAGAAGCUGCGUGCUCUGCCCCUCUGGCUGUCCCUGCAGUACCUGGGGCAUGAUGGGAUUGUAGAGAAGAUUAGGCAUGCGUCCCAACUCAGUCAGAAGCUACUGGAGCAGCUGAAGUCACUGAACUGCAUAAAGACCUCGGAUGUCCUCGACAGUGAACUCUCUCUCCUCGAGGCUUUGAGCAUGGUGGAAGAUGAGCUGAGUUCUCCUGUGGUGGUGUUCAGGUUCUCCCAAGAUAACAGUUCAGCGUCCAGUGGCGGCUCUGUGGAGGGAUAUUUUGCAGGAGAGAGAGAGGCGCAGGACGCCCUCAACAGAUGGCUGGGUGAGCAGUUGGCUCUGCAUGUUCCGGCCAGCGGAGUGGACGUGGUGGAGCUGGAGGAUGAAGGAGUCUGUGUGCGCUUUAACCCUUUAAUGACCGCCGCAGCGUUAGGUACUCAGGAGUCGGACGUGACGGUGCUGGUGGAGAAGCUGGCCGAGCUGGUUCCUGUGCUGAGCUGCACGCUGCGUUUCAGACUGGAGUUCAGAGAGGAAGUGCUCCAGCACGCUUCUCUGAGCUACAUAGAAGACCUGAGCUGGCCUGGCCUCGGCGCUAUCAGGUACGAGCCCAGGAGGACGGACCUGGAGGAGGGAAAGAGGCAGCAGGAGGUGGAGAAGAUCAACAGUGAACUGAUGAAGAAGCUGAAGGAACUGGACACUGACCUGGAGUUCUCGACAGGCCCCGAGUUCACCGAGGAGAAGAACUGUAUAUUCAUCGGAGUGGCAGCUGAGGAUCUGGAUGUGGCCGCUUUAGUGGAUACCAUUGCAUGUGUUGGGAGGGAGAUUGAAGAGAGUGGAAAGCUGUUGGAGAACAUGACGGAGGUGGUGAGGAAGGGCAUCCUGGAGGCGGAGCUGCAGCUUCAGAAAGCCAACGAGGAGAAACUCAUGGAGGAGGGUGUUCUGAGGCAGAUCCCGUUGGUGAGCUCAGUGAUGAACUGGUUCUCUCCUGUUCAGAGCUCCAUUAAAGGCAGAACCUUCGAUCUGGCUGCAGGUUCUCUGGACACCACUGAGCCCGUUUACUCUCUGAGAGCCCAAGCGAAUAAAGAGGCCUCCUCUGAAAGCCCCUCAGCUGCUGCCAGACGCCUGCCAGGUCAGAAGCUGUUCCGGCGCUCCGGCGCGGGCUCCGACACGUUCAGCGAAACCAGCUCAGUCUGCCACCUGGAGGAGCCGUUCAGAGAGCCGCUGCCCGCCGAAACGUCUGAACACGCUGAGAGGGAGGGGGAGGUACCGCAUGACCCUCCCCUCCGCUUAGAGGAACCCUCAGCUACAGACCAGCGCGUCCCCGAGAGCCAGGGGGAGGAGCCUGACUCCAUCAGAUAGAGAUUACUCCAUUGAAGGCGAAGUGGCUGUACUGAAUAAGGCGCGGAGUGAUUGCCCCUCGGUCCACGACCUCGAUGCCUUGACCGAGUCGCUCUAGGAUUUUAGGUUAAUGAAGCAGCUUUAAGUGCAAGUAAUGCAACACUGGGAUUCCAUCAGCAUGCGUUGUUCCUCACAGCCCUGUUCUCACAACCAUACGUUAAUGAAUACAUGAAUGUUUUACCAGCCUAAUCUCUGUCUGCCACAGAUGUAGCGUAUGUUCGAUUACCACAGAUAAUCAUUUCAAUGUUUCCCUGAACUCACCUAUAAUAGAAUUUGCUGAAUUCUGUAAGUAAACAUGCGAAAAACGUGUUUUGGUAGAACAUUUUUGUACAUUUGAAGACUAUAAAUGUACAAACAGUCAAAAACAAGAAGAAAAACUCUACAAUAAUACUCAUUUCUAGCACCUCUAUGGGAUUUCCAAUAGUAUGUUAGCACUAAGUGGAACAUUUUUUGCCAUUCUAGAUUGAACACAGACGUCAUAACUUGUAAAAAUCAUCCCAUAUGUUGUAUCUGAAGCUCGUAACAGUCAUUAUCAUAUAUCUGAGCUUGUAUGUACCAUUUUUACAGCGACUCUUUCAGUAAAGAGUCCAUAGAGCUGCUGCCGCUCUUUUACAUUCCUAACAACUAAUCAGAACCUGCUUAGCCUACGACUCAUAUUCAGUCAGUGACGUAUCUAGAACUUCCAGAAGGACUAGAGCGACAUACUUUGGUCCUAUUGUGAAUCAAAGCCUGAUUGGUUGAUUCCUCUGGCACUUCUUAAUCAUGUUGGUAGUUAAUCUAAUGUGUAAGGCCUUCAGUCCAGCUCCUGAAGUCCUAACCAAUGAGAGAGCGGCUUGGCCGUAUCUACCCAGAUACCACAGAUAGAACAAUCCUGAUUGAUUAAACAUAACAAUUAAAUAGAUAUAUGAAAUAUAUAUUUCAAAAAGAGUGUUACUAUAAUACUUAUAGAGUUUAAAUACAGCGAAUAUGAUUAUUAAAUGAAAAUGAACUACAAUUUUUAUUAAGCAUUUUCUACUUCACAAAAAAUCUCUGAAGGUGCGGAACUAGCGAUGGACGAAAUAGCAAAAAUAUAUCAUGAUACUUUAAGUAAUUUUACAAUACACUAUAUAUCACAAUAUGUAUUUUUUCAGACAUCUGAUCAGUUAGAACGGAACCAGUAGAGCUAAAGAUACUAUCAAAAACUGUCAACAUGGUGAUUUUAAUUCAAUAUUUGGCACUAAAUCCAGUUAAACUGGCCUAAUUUCGCUCUCUUUAUUAUGAAACAUACAGUUGUCAGUGUCUACAAGCACUGAUGAUAUACAAGAUAUGCUCAGAAAAGGAUAUUGUGACAUAAUUCAUUACAAUAAUGAUAUAUGUUGUCUCGUCCAGCUCUGUGUAGAAGGCCUUGAGGGUUCCCCAAUGUGUAAACCUGGAAAUUUUCCAGAAUGAAGAAUUUCUGGUAAUUCGUUAACAGUCAGCAAUAUUAAUUGACUCAUCCUAACAUGCUCUGUUGUUGUGUAGUGGUUGUAGUUUCCGUUUAGUGCACAUCGCAUACUUCAAAUGUGUGUUCACAGAAUUCAGGAGUGUAGAAAGAGAAAAAGUCAGGCAAGUCUAGCAAAAAUACCUGUAGGUGGGGCCAACUGGAGUCAAACGCGAGUUGCUUUAUGAACACUGAUGACAGCAGAAGCUAAACUUUUGCUCGGUUUGUGUUUGUUUUGCUCUAUUUAAUGGAAUAAAAAUGUAUAUUUUAGCCAGACUUGUCCGACUUUUCAGCAGCGUGUGGGCGAAACACUUUCUACUCUAUUUAACCCAGAUUUUUUUGCUUUACGCACCUGAAACAAUCAGAAUUCAGCAGCUGCACAUCGACUUACAUUAGAGGUGAUUGAACACAUGUUCUGUUGUUUUCCAAGUUCAGGGAACCGUGAUUUUCAGUGGUAAUCGGCCUCACGCCACAGGUGCAGAACACAGAGAUUACGCUGGAGAACACUGAGAUGUUCCUUUAAGAACUUCUGGCUGUGUCUCCCUGUGAAACUCCUCAGGCUGCGCACUGCCAGUUAGCGCCGUUCCUUUACUCGCUCGAGUUUACCUUAUACUUCACGGUUCUUCACUGUGGAGAACCGAUUCGUCUUCUUGUUUUCAUAUUUUCUACACUCUUAAAAAAAAGGUGGUUCUUUAAGGGUUCUUUAGUUAAGAAAAUGGUUCUAUAACGAACCAAGAACACUGAAGAACACUUUGAGUGAU